GGGAGAGGUUAAGGACUGAGAAUAGAGGGAGAGGUAGAGGACUGAAAAAGAGGGAGAGGUUAAGGACUGAGAAUAGAGGGAGAGGUAGAGGACUGAAAAAGAGGGAGAGGUUAAGGACUGAGAAUAGAGGGAGAGGUAGAGGACUGAAAAAGAGGGAGAGGUUAAGGACUGAGAAUAGAGGGAGAGGUAGAGGACUGAAAAAGAGGGAGAGGUAAAGGACUAAGAAUAGAGGGAGAGAGAGGCUGAAGAUGCUGUGGUUUCUACGUGGAGUGAGGCUGCGCUGCUGGCUCACCCUGGCCACAGGACUGGUGGAGUGCCUGUUUUUCACUGGGGUCAUUUAUGGGUGGGCCUCCCUGGUGUUUAUCCUGAAAGCCAGUGGAUACUUCAGUGACCAGUGUGUGAAUGCCACAGGACCCAAUGGCACACAGUACAUGGACUGUAGCAAACAGAACGAGCUCUUUUCCCUGGUUUUCACCAUCACCGUCAUCUUACAGAACUUCCUCAGUUUUCUCAAUGGAUUCUUCUUUGACCGCUUCGGUACCAUGGCAUCCAGACUGCUGGCAAUAAUACUGUACACCACUGGUACCUUGUUGAUUGCUUUUUCACAUCCAGAGAUAUCCAAUAUACUGUUUCCAGGUCUGGCCUGCAUUGCGAUUGGAAACAGCAUGUUAUUGCUCACAAAUAUGCAGGUGGGGAACCUCUUUGACACCCAUCGUUCCACCAUCAUCACCUUGUAUAUCGGAGCCUUCAGCUCCUCUGCCAUCACCUUCCUCAUCAUCAAGGUGGCAUCUGAAAGAGGGAUCUCUCUGCACUACUCUUUUUUCUUCUUGUCGGCAUGCAGCAUAAUCCACCUCAUGAGAACCUUCAUCCUCAUGCCAAAGAGGCACAUCCCCUACCCCCUCCCUGAGGGCUACACUUAUGGGAUGAACUGUGGUCAGAUCAAGUGCAACCGCUCUUGUCUCACAAAAGAAGCACAGAGAGAAAACAUAGAGUCAGUGCAGGGAGAGGAAGGGAUAGAGAACGCAACAUCUGAACAAGGGAGCCCCCAGCAGACCCCACAGACAGUGAGCCACUACACCAACGUCUUAGCCUACACACAGUUAGGUGGGAUACUGUGCGCCCCCUUAAAUGGCCUGAUCAUUGACAGAUCCAAGGGCAAGCUACGGGCCGAAGGAGAGACGGAGGAGGAGAGUAACCUGCGCUCUGUGGUGCUCUCCCUCUUCCUCACUGCCCUGCAGUGCCUCUUAUUCUCCAUCUGCGCCACCAUACCUGUGCUCCCGCUUCAGUACCUGACUUUCGUCCUGCAAGUGGUCAACCGUGCCUUCUCGUUUGGAGGGACUGCAGCCUUCAUCAACAUUGCUUUUCCAGUCUGUCACUUUGGUAAGCUAUUAGGUGUGGUUAACGCCGUAUUGUCUGCGGUGUUGCUCCUGCAAUUCCCCUGCAUCAUCCUGGUGAAUGAGGUGUUGGAUGGAGACCCCUUAUACAUAAACAUAGCCCUGUGCAUCCUGUGCCUGGCCACGUUCAUUCACCCGGCCUAUGUCUAUAUCCGCUGGCGCAGAUUGGCCAAUCAGAGAAGACGCUCCACCCAGCCACCUCCCAACGAUGAGAACGCCUUCUCUGGAGACAAUGAAGACCAACCCCAGGAUGCCCCAGGCUCCUCUUAG